AUGUCUUCCGAACCUAAAAACGUCUCCCGCACCUCAGACUUUGAGAUCGAUGUCGAGGAAAUUCACAUCUCAUCUCAAACACGCGUCCUAAAAGCCGUCGACUCUGCAAGGGUCGGCCUGACCGCUCUGGCUCUUCUUGCCAGCAUCACGGUUCUCGGCGUCUCGGCAGAUGCCCUGGCAGUCUACGAUGCUACCCAUGUGCCCGCCGACUACUUGCUCCCGUUGUGGCCAGACGCCUUCGACCUACGCCCAACAGUAGCUCUGGUUGUGGGGAGCUCGAUUAUCACCAUUACCAACAUGGUCUCUCUGCUCUUCAGCCGAGUUCAAGCACUGCGUGGCCAAACUCUCAUUCACAACUCGCUGGUAGCGGCGGCCCCCGUAGUGGGGCUGACUGCAUCGAUCAUCGCUAUGUCCUUCUUUUAUAGCAUCAACGCAUCGACCACUGUCGACACCCUUCAGAGCUGGAGCUGCCGGUGGUCUUCGGUUGUGAUGAUGACACGGCCGCACUUUGGCACUCUUUGCAAACAGAGCAAGGCGGGCCUUUACCUGUCCGUUUUGCUAAUCCCAGUCGAGGCCAUCAUCUUGGGAGCUGGUGCAUACCAGAUGAUCCUCCAAAAGAACGUAAGCAGGUCCAGCAAGGUGGUUGAACAACAGCGCAAGUCUGGAAGCCCUGUGCCGUCGUCAGUCCGCGAUAUCGAAGGAGGGCAGCACUGA